CGGACCGAGUGCUUUCCAGAGGAGUCGGAGCAAAGGCCGCGGCAGCUCGGUGGGGGCGGCGACAGCAGUGGCUAUAAAGAGCGCUCGUUCGCCCUGCCCGGGCUCGCCGCGUCCUCAGCCGCUUGUCGCGGGGAGAAAGAAGUAGACCAGAAAGAAAGUCUGAUGGCUUCUGCACAAACUGAUCCUGAGGAAGAUGGGAGUGUGAAUGGGAGUGAGAGUGAGAGUAGUGCUGAUGAAGAGAGCGAGACCACGGAUAGUAGUCUGGAGCAUUAUUCUUCUCCAUUUGACGGAGAAGAAGAUGGAGAAAAAGAAAUUGAAGAAGAUAAAAGCCAUCUUAAUUUUUCAGAUAUAUUGAGAGCUGAAGAAGAGUCACAACAUGUUUCAAAAGCUGAUAGAGAAGAUUCCAAAGAACUUAGGGACAGACAUGAUUCCCAAAAUCCUGAAAAAAGAGAAUGUCUUGGAUUUCUGAAGAAAUUGUCUUUAUUCAUUUGGAAAUCCCUGUCACAAGCUAAGUAUGUACAGUGAGCUUCACUGAAAUAAAUGUAAAAAUAAUUUGUUAGGAAAAAGUUUCCAUUAAAUCCAGUAGAUGGCAUUGUUAGCGUAAUAUAAUACCUUCUACUAUGACUGUCCGCUAUUCAUCCAGGUAUCAGAGGGGUAGCCGUGUUAGUCUGGAUCUGUAAAAAGCAACAGGGAGUCCUGUGGCACCUUUAAGAC